UGUGUGUGUGUGUGUGUGUGUGUGUGUGUGUGUGUUCAGGUGUGUCGUCGUCCUUUUGAAUCCUCGGAAGAACAAACAGCAUUACAUCUUCAACAGUUCCAGGAAGGCGAUCACCACGUUAGCGUUUUCUCCAGAUGGGAAAUAUGUGGUCACAGGAGAGAGCGGCCACAUGCCGGCGGUCCGAGUCUGGGACGCUUCGGAGCGUCUGCAGGUCGCCGAGCUUCAGGAACACAAAUACGGAAUCUCGUGCGUCGCGUUUUCGCCAAACGGAAAAUACAUCGUCAGCGUGGGCUACCAGCACGACAUGAUGGUCAACGUCUGGAACUGGAAGAAAAACGUCGUUGUUGCAGCCAAUAAGGUUUCCAGUAAAGUGACGGCCGUGUCCUUCUCCGACGACAGCUCCUACUUUGUUACGGCCGGUAAUCGACACGUGAAGUUCUGGUACCUGGACCACGCUAAGACCUCCAAGGUGAACGCCACCGUGCCUCUGCUGGGGCGUUCAGGGCUGCUGGGAGAACUCAGGAAUAACUUCUUCAGCGAUGUGGCGUGUGGUCGGGGUAAACAGGCCUCGUCCACUUUCUGCAUCACUUCCUCCGGCCUGCUGUGCGAGUUCAACGACCGGAGACUCCUCGACAAGUGGGUCGAGCUGAGGAGCGUCGACUCUGCGCCCGCGUCUCAGGCCACCUCCCUCUCGGUCACAGACGAGCUGAUCUUCUGUGGUUGUUCUGACGGGACGGUGCGAGCGUUCAGUCCCGUUAAUCUUCACUUCCUGUGCACGCUGCCCCGCCCCCACUGCCUCGGGGCCGACAUCGCCAGCAUGACGGACGCCAGGUAA